UGUAGGAAUUUCCGGUUACGUCAGGGCGUCAGGACUCCAUUAUAGCUGCAGCUGUUUGGAGAGAAACAACAACAAAAACGGGCUAACUGACAGCGCUCCCAUAUUGACAGUCCGGUCUGAGCCCAACAACAAGGCCUCAAAUCUGGAAGCUUAACCUUGAUUUCCCACCCGGAGCUCCGCCGGCUUCUAACCACGGCCGCUCUCGGUGAGGAAACUCUGGCCUCCGCUUCCUCCUCCUCCGACUCGGACACCGGCGGAGCGUCGCCGCCCCCGCGGAAGAAGCACCGAGCCUCGGCGGCGGAGGGAGCAGGAGAGCCCGGGGCUUCAGCGGUUGUAACAGGCCUGUCGGGAAUUCUAUUAGGACUUGCUACUCACUCUCCACACUCUCAAGCCACCUCUGCCAUCCACUUUAACCGAAGUGUUGUCAACAAUCUUAGCAGCAGCAUGCAGGCAAACGGAGCAGGACAGGGACAAGAAUCUCCAGAGCUCUCCUGCCUUAACAGUGCUCAAAACGGGGAGUCAUCCUCGGCUGGCGGAACCCACUCUAAUGGGCUUCUCUCCAGCACAGACAACGGGAAUAGCGUCGGUACCAGUAACGGUGCUUCAGCCGGGCCCGGUUCGGGGACUUCAACUGCCUCCACGGCCUCCGGCUCGGAGGUUGGCUCUCUGAAAAAGAAAAAACGGCUAUCGCAGGCGGAGGAAGAUGUCAUACGAUUAAUAGGGCAACAUCUCCACGGACUAGGGCUGAAUCAGACAGUGGACUUGCUGAUGCAGGAAUCAGGCUGCAGACUGGAACACUCCUCGGCUACCAAGUUCCGCAACCAUGUCAUGGAGGGGGAGUGGGACAAGGCUGAGAAUGAUCUCAAUGAGCUGAGAGCACUGAUGCAUUCUCCCAAUGCCAUUGUGCGUAUGAAGUUCCUGCUGCUGCAGCAGAAGUACCUAGAAUAUCUGGAGGAUGGCAAAGUCCUGGAGGCUCUGCAGGUUCUCCGGGGAGAGCUGACGCCACUCAAGUACAACACAGAUCGCAUCCAUGUACUUAGCGGGUACCUAAUGUGCAGCCAUGCUGAGGACCUGAAGGCCAAGGCAGAGUGGGAGGGCAAGGGUACUGCCUCACGCUGCCGACUGCUGGACAAAUUACAGACAUACCUGCCACCCUCUGUGAUGCUGCCCCCUCGGCGGCUGCAGACCCUGCUGCGGCAAGCAGUAGAGCUGCAGAGGGACCGCUGCCUCUAUCACAACACAAAGCUGGACAGCAGUCUGGACUCAGUCUCUCUCCUCCUCGAUCAUGUCUGCAGCAGGAAGCAGUUCCCAUGUUACACUCAACAGAUUCUGACAGAGCACUGUAACGAGGUGUGGUUCUGCAAGUUCUCAAAUGACGGCACCAAACUAGCCACUGGCUCCAAAGACACUACGGUCAUCAUUUGGCAAGUAGACCCGGAGAGCCACCAGUUGAAGCUGCUGCGAACCCUGGAGGGUCAUGCAUACGGCGUCUCCUACUUAGCUUGGAGUCCCGAUGACACCUACCUGAUCGCCUGUGGACCUGACGACUGCUCUGAGCUGUGGCUCUGGAAUGUUCCGACGGGGGAGCUGCGGACCAAAAUGUCCCAGUCCCACGAAGACAGUCUCACCAGUGUGGCAUGGAACCCUGAUGGCAAACGCUUUGUCACCGGAGGACAGAGGGGACAGUUUUAUCAGUGUGAUCUGGACGGUAACUUGUUGGACUCCUGGGAGGGCGUGAGAGUGCAGUGUCUGUGGUGCCUGGGUGAUGGCAGGGCCGUGCUGGCCUCGGACACACACCAACGUAUCCGGGGGUACAACUUCGAGGACCUUACAGACAGAAACAUAGUUCAGGAGGACCACCCUAUCAUGUCUUUUACAGUUUCAAAGAACGGGAGAUUAGCUUUGUUAAAUGUAGCAACUCAGGGAGUGCACCUGUGGGACCUCCAGGACCGUGUGCUAGUGAGGAAAUACCAAGGUGUGACCCAGGGCUUCUACACUAUCCACUCCUGCUUUGGAGGACACAACGAAGACUUUAUUGCCAGUGGCAGCGAAGACCACAAAGUGUACAUCUGGCACAGGCGUGGUGAACUUCCCAUUGCUGAGCUAACAGGCCACACACGCACUGUUAACUGUGUGAGCUGGAACCCGGCCAUCCCGGGACUCAUGGCUUCCGCCUCAGAUGACGGCACAGUGCGUGUCUGGGGUCCUGCACCUUUCCUCGACUCGCAAGAGGCGGACGCACUCAACGAAAACUGCAGUAACAUGGACAGUUGAUGGUCACUUAUAGAGCAGAUGACAUCUCUCUUUAACAACAAUCCAAGAAUCCCACAAUAAAACAAGAUCUCAACGGGCUAAUCAAAUCCAACACCAACCUAAAGCAAGACAAGAAAAAGAAACAACAAAAGCCACCAAGACAAAAAGAGAAAACAAACGUGAGAAAAAUACGUCUUCUGACUGACCUAAAGAAAAUGGUGGAGGUGAUGAAGGACACUCUAAAUAUUCAGGUCCUCGUCCAAAACCUGAUGCCGACCCAGAGGAAACCCAGUCAAUGCCCAGCGGGAAACGACCGCCAUCCACUGGUGAGAUGUAACGGCUGUUCUCCUCCAACUGACCCUUCUUCCCCCAUCCGGCUGCAUGGCCACCAGCCAUGCUAGGUCCUCACACAGUUUCCCAGGAAACCCACCUCCACCUUGAGCUUGGAGCACAUCAAUUCCCCCCGUGAUUCCUCCAGACAGACACAGCAGACCAGCCGUACCAUUUGUCUGCCUGUUUGUCCCACAUUACCUGUAUAAUGUCUCCAAGGACAUGGGUGGGGUGUUGUUGGGGGAGGAUGGUGCAUAUAGCAACUCUUCUGUAUGUAUGUUUUCCUCUUCCUCUCUUGCUCUAUUCUUCGCAUUCGAUGUGUUGGACAAAGGCUGCAAAUCCACCAUAAAAACACCGACCGACCAUCUGACAAAGAACACACACACACAAAAAAAAGAGGCUAUGCUAAAUGUUGGAUUUUUUUUAUGAUAGUCAUAGCGUAAUUCUCAUUUAAGAGGUGAAUCUUAGCUCAAGUAGUGCCCGUGGAAAGCUUUAGCUUGAAGAUUCCACUUUGUGUUUCUCGACAUUAGGAAAACAAACUUUUUAUUCCUUAAUUUAACUUCUAACAUGGACGGUCGCUGUAGUGUUUCCAGCUGACAGCCACCCCAACCCCCUCUGUUGAACUAGCUACCGCACAACUCCCAUUACAUCUGCCUAAGAGGAGAUGAACAGAGGGAUUCACAGGUCACAUAUCAACGAUGAGGGGGUCAGACGUUGGUGGUGAGGUGGGGUUUCCACUGUCAGGACACAUACUCUGACCUUUCUCAAAAGACACACUUUCAGAUGUGAAAGAGUUCAAGUGCAACUUGGAUUGCACACCAGUGACUGCUGUCCCUCCUCUGUGUGUGAGGGAGUGAGUGAGAGCAAUUAUGCAUGCACACAUUAGUGGAAGAGUUGACAUUUGUGGGUGCAGGUUUAAUUGGCGCGUGUUUUUGUAUGUGUGUUCAAUUCACACCAGCAGAAGAUUCACACCCCCUCCUCCCUCCUCCCCUACGCUCCUAAUCCCAUAGUAAAAUUGUAAAGAGGAUUUUAAACCAAUUCUAAGUUAUCCAAAGCCCCAUAGGGACCUCUAUCUGUGGAACAAAGAAUACUUGAGAGACAUUUUGUAAAAGAAAAACUUUUCUUUAAUCUGGGGCUUUAAUUUUACAUUACAAUUUUUUUUUUCUUCCUCUCCUUGCCACAUGGCAUUCAAACGGCACUGAGUUCAUUGCCAAUGAAUCGUCUCUGUUGGGGGGGGUGGGAGAAAAGGAAGAUUUCAAAAGAGCAUUUUGAGUGAGGCAUGUUUCAAAAAGCUGUAAAACUGUUGUGUUAUCAGCAAAAGGUCAUUUCAUAUGAGAAGUCAUUGAUUGUAAUUAUCGAACGAGUAGUAAGCACGGCCGAGAGAAGAGGCACCAAUAACCAGAACGACUCUAUGAGCCCACAGUGUUGUCGCAAUCCUAAAACACACACACAGACACACACACACACACACACACACACACACACACACACACACCCCACACACACACCUCUGCCUUCCUAUUAAUACAGUUGCACACAAACCUUCAGUAUAUAUGACACCCCCACCACUGCACUUUGAGUGGUCUUUUUGCUUCGUUGCACUACUACCUACUGCAAUGGCAUAAAUCCAUAAGCUUCUCAUAGUCUUAAGGUCACUGCACUUGCCAUUCUGAUGGCUUAGAAGGUCACAUUGGCAAAGACUCAAAACCGAACCAGAGAUUGCUAAAGGAAUUGAACCCCCACCAUGCCUCUAUGCACCCAAAAGCAGUGACUAAUCAUCUUGUAGACAUCAUAAAAAGGAACCUCGUGCGUAUAAGGCACAGCAGCCUCAUCUCGAGGUAUGCCCCUGUUGGAUCUUAGAGUGAAUUCAGAAUCCCCCCCCCCCCCCCCCUCCCUUGCUCUCCAACCAAGUUAUUCAGUGGUCAGUGCGCCAUUCAAAGCUUUUGUCUCCCCUUUUUUAGGGUAUGUUAUGACUAUUUGCUACAGACUGAUAUACAGUAAAACAUGUUUAAGACCGUGCUUUUCUGUCUGUUUUUAUUGAACUUUUUUUUGUUACUUAAAUUUUUUUGUUCACAUUAUAUCAUUUUUGGUUGACCUCUAUCCCUGUAUGAUCAUAUUAAAAUAUAACCAGACA